AUGUGUGAAUCGACGUUGUAUUCGUCUCCAUCAUCACAUUCAAAAUCUUAUAUCAAAGUUGAAGAUCAAAAUCAAACUGAAUUAGACAAGUUAUUUCGUGUUGCGACCAAUCCGCAUCAUAUCGAACGCAGUCGUCAUAUAUCAAAACCGUUUCGUGAACGAGACUUGCCGGAGUCAUUUUUUCAACCACCAAAAUCAACAUCAGCCUCAUCAUCAACAAAUUCAAUUCCAGUAGCAGAAAGUAGUUCUACUGUUGCUCAUCAUCUACAUGUUAAAAAUCAACUAAGUUUACCAAAUAUUCCAUCUUCGAGAACAAUCAUCAGUAAUGAUCCUACUCGAGGACAUCUACGAACAGCAUCUGAUACAGCCGUUCUAGAUGGACCAGGUGGAUCAACAGGAGGCAUAUCACAAUUAGAAUUACAAACAAACUCGCAAAUAUCUGUAUUACCAAUGCCAGAGGGAUGGGAAAUGAAGAAGACGACAGAUGGACAAACAUAUUUUAUCGAUCAUUUAACUCAAGUGACAACUUGGAAUGAUCCUCGCCCUUUUCAUUAUCAACAAUUUUCAUUAUAUGUUCAAACUCUUCCUCUUCCAGAUGGUUAUGAACAAGCACAUGACUUAAAAGGAAACACCUAUUAUAUAAAUCAUCAUCUACAACAAACACAGUGGGAUGAUCCAAGAUUAGCGUAUUAUUGGUCAAUAUCAACAAAACGUUUGGAUACCGGUGCUUCAGAUAGUGUCGCUACUCAACCAUCCAUCUCACCGAUAGCAUCAACAACAUCUCCUCAUAGCAUUUCUCAUCGUUCACCGUCUGGUGGCAGAUUAGUUUCAUCAAAUUCAUCAACAAGCGGUGUUUCGACCCAUGGUACAUCUGCACCUGUCUCGUCACCAUAUCAAAAUGAAACAUUGAAACAAAAACUAUAUGUAAUUAUGAAUGAACAAAGAGCAUUACAACAACGAAAAGAAGAAUUAGAAAGAAUGGAAGCCGAUGUUCGUAAAAUGCUAAACGACCGUUGCAAUGUUAAUUUAUCAUCCGAUCAACAAGCAAAUAUCGAUUCAAUUUUAGAACUUUUACAUCAUCGUCGACAAAAUAGUGAAGAUAGUGGAGUUGGAGAAGGACGUAGCAGUAUUAAUCGUACACCAGAUGCUUUGGUAUCUGGCGAUGAUUCAAUGUUUCUUAAUCCAAUAGAUUACGGCAACUUUCCAAUGGAAAUGGAUGUACAACAGUCCAUUUUACCGGAAUUGAACGAACCACAACUUAAAUCUAUGUUGAAUAUUUAUGGUCAAUAUGAUACUGAUGAUCAUGGUUACAGUGUGAAAUAUUCUCCACAUAUUCUUAAUCAAUUAGCAUUAGUUACAAAUGAAAAUUAUGGAAUUAAAGGUCAAGGUACAUUACAUAUUGUACAGGAACAAAAUGGUGGUCAACUAGAAAUUAAACAAAAACUAAAAUAUAUUGAUGCUCUAUUUGAUGUUACAUUCUCUGAAAUUGAUCCAACUCUAAUUGUAUGUGCAGGAGCUGAUUCUUCAAUAACGUUAUGGAAAGAGAAUAUUGGUUUGAUUCAGACUUUUAAACAACAUUCAAAAGAAGUAUGGUGUGUACAUUGGAGUGAAAGUAGAACAAAUGAUCAAUUAUUGUCAACGUCAUCUGAUUCGACAAUUAAAUUAUGGGAUUUAAAUCGUCCAGAUAAUCAUGCUGAAACAUUACAUGGUCAUGAAUCAAUCAUUUAUUGUGCUCAAUGGAAUCCUCAUCAAUCCGGUCUUAUAUCUUCGGUGGGAGCUGAUCAUUCACUUCGUUUGUGGAAUAUAAAACAAUCCAUUAGUCAACCCAUAUUUACAAUGGUCGAGUGUCAUCCAACUGAAAUUCUCUGCUGUGAUUGGUCCAGAUAUGAUUCUCAUCUAUUAGUAACUGGCGGCUGUGAUAAUGUUUUAAGAUUAUGGGAUAUACGCUCAAUGAAACAGAACUGUUGUGCUUUCUAUGUUGGACAUGAAUCAGCCAUUAGGCGAUGUAAAUUUGCUUCUUAUACGCGUAAUCUAUUUGCGUCAGUGGGAUAUGACAUGCAUUUAAAAUUAUGGGAUAUUAGUGGUCAAUGUAAAUUAUCAGAGAAAAUAAGUUCAGAAUUUGUUGUAUUGAUGAUUAGUAUCGGUGCUGCUGGUCAUGUUAUUCCAAUGUUUGAACUAGCAAAAGCAAUGAAAAAUCAUAAUGUUACAUUUAUUACCGAGCCGUCUGCAUAA